AUGGUUUUAACGGGACAGGAGGCUACUCCUAAAAUUGAAUUUCCAGGAUUGCCGGGUAUAUUUCACACAAUGUUGGGCAGCCCCAGCGGGUCCGGUGUGUCCACUCCCAGGGGGUUAUGGCCUCUCGGGACAGUGCAAGCUCCUACUAUAACUACAUUUUCGAAUGACGGUUUCAACAAGUAUGGAGUAUAUUCUCUGUUCCCGGGAGGACCUACUUUUGGCAGCACCCUAUAUUCCCAUUCCAGUACUAGCAGUACUACAGGCCGCUUCGCUUCAGGACAGUACCAACAUCCAACUGAUAACAUUUUCCACACGUCAUAUAAAGUUUCAGAUUCCUUAUUUUCAACGACAAGCUACACCUUUGGAGCUCCCACGCCUCCCCCAGGAUCGCCAUAUUCUCCUGUUCCUCUGGGGCAGUUGGAGUUAUUUACUAAAGGAUUAAAUACAGGAAUAAUUCAGCCUAUCGAAGGAGGAAUUCUUCAAACUACGAAAAAAUUGCAAGAGAAAUACUGCGAAAAGUGUUGUAAUUUCAAAACGCAAAUCUGUAAUUGUCAGGCGUCAGUUGAACACAAAGUAACCGAUCCAAUUCAAUGUUGUACGAGAACAACUCCCAUUAAAUGGAACGAAAUCAAUCUGAAGAAGGAACCGCUAAGCCAUCAAAUAUCAGAAAUUAGCACAAACAGCGCUUCAAUGAUUAAAUUAGAAGUUAUGUCCCCGACGCAACCAUCCGAUAUCAUGGGAAAUAAUAUUCUUAGUUUAACAGAACCUUCUCGUUCAGAAAAUACGAUGACCGUUAAUUCGACGACAAUGACAAGUAAUCAAGCAGACAGUGCCAUGAUACAAUGUAUAGAUAAGACGACUGGAAUCGGUGCAAGACAUCUGGAGGAGACUUCGUAUCUAGGAUCUCCUGCCCUUUGGCAGUACUCCGCUCCAGUGGCACCCGUUCCAGUUGAGCCAAUCGUGCCAGUGCCUGUACCUCCCUUAGUGGUUCGCGAUCCCAAUACAGGCGGAUUAUUGUUAGUGUCUACAAGUGGCUUAGAUUCGUUACAACAAGCAGUAGUUUGGCCCGGUUAUCAGCAGCACUCGUCUGUUAUAUUGCCGUCUUUGCCUCCUGUACCGUCACCGUCAUUCCAGUUGCUCCCUUCGAACGCGUCGCAUUGUUUUUCCGGAACGUCCUUCCAUCAACAGACGCAGGCGCACAGCACUCGCCUGGUGGCCGUCACCACCGACAAUAAGCGUAAAAUACCGCUGCAGAUUCCCUCGACCACGCUCAUUAAAAUCGAAACGGAUCAGCCUAAGUCUUUGCAAACGAUCAACACGACCCCGUCGAGUACAGCGACAGUUAUUACGGAUAUGACUCCGUUAAUUACCACGCACGUGAUUUACCAACAUCCCACUAACAUUAUCGUUUCUCAAAGUACUCCGUCUGAGCCUGCUGGAACACAAACUGUGUGCAAGUCGCAGGCGACUUCGCCGGUAGCUUGUCUCACUCCUCCUCCGGAAAUACAAGUGAAAGAAGUGAAAUUGUCGACUGUACAAGAUGCCAGCAACCAGACUGAAUUAAUCAGUAAUGAGGAGAAUUCGAUGGUUGUUUCGGAUAUUCCAGAGAAACCGGUGUCUCCUAUUAACGUACCUGAAGCUUGCGCUAUAGAGAAGCCCGUGGUCGAAGAGAAGGUGGAACAACCACAAGAUAGUCAAGAAACUCAGACUGUAGAAGAUCUGUCGAAACCAAAGCUCGCUCUAACAGCAGGGUUAGAAUUACUAUCAAACAGCAUAGAUCAAUUUGAAUCGUCUCAGAAUCGUUUGGAGAAUGUUCCUGACAAAGAGGAACCCAAAAAUGGUACUUUGGAAGGGCUCAAUUUAUUAUGCGCGCUUGCCGAACAAAGAAUUUUGGAAGAGAAGGAAAAUCCUCCUGUAGAAACUGAUGCCUUGGGAAAACAUAAGAAGGAAAAAAGGAAGUCCAAGAAGCAUUCUUACGACGAACCCAAACGGAAGAAAUUGAAGAGCGACAAACAUUACGAGAAGAAGAAGCGUAAGAAAAUGAAACUCCACAAAUCGAAGAAAGAAUGUCCGUGCCAAGGAAAUUACGAUUCGAUUAAGAUCCCUGAGAAGGAUCAAGGAGUUAUUGUUUCAGAUAAUAAAAGUUUCAUGGUAGUCAAUAAAGAUUCAGUUAAAGAAUGCCUGACAGAAAAUAAACAUGAACAAGAAGAGAAGGAAGAGAGGGUUUCGCAUUCUACACCGAUCAAAAAAAUCGAAUUGAAGAAAUCCGAGCCUAAAAAGUUCAACUAUCUCAAAAAACAUUUCCGAUCGAAAUCCGCCGAUUUCGAUCGCAGCAUUAUCGCAUCGUUGAAUAAUAAUUUCCUGCCUCUCAUUAAACCGGCCAUUCUAACCGAAACGCCUAAGGUGGACUUCAAUUACAACACGAAUAAAAAUGAUCCAGAUGUCGCUGUUGAGAAACUGCCUUCGACGCAAAAACGAAAAGUAGGCCGUCCCAAGAAACUGAUGCCAUUUUCGAGCGAACAAGUCGUUACGGAAACCAUAGUAGCUAAGAAACCCAAAUCCAAUUUCAUUGGAUAUUUUUUCGCUGCUAAGGAAAAGUUCCGGCUCCAAAGUAAGGAUAAUCCCCGAGAGAACAUCAACAGGUAUUCGGAGGAGUCUACGUCUAUUAAACGAAAGAAGACGACGGAUAAGGAUACUUUCUUGAGUAACUUGAAAUCGUCGAAAAUAAAACCUAAACUGAAAGCCGAGCCUACGUUUAAAUCGCUGGACGAUCGAGAUUCAGCGGAGGAGCCCGAUGAAAACGAACAAGACAACCGCUACUCGAAUGCCGAACCUGAGAAACGGAAAAUGAUAUUGGAUAAAUACGAAUUGGAGCCUAAGCCAUCGCCAGUUAAACACAAAUGCGUCCUGACGGAAGAGCAAUUGGAAGUCGACAAUUUGAGGGUACUUACCGCGAUGGGAGGAUUGUUUUACGCUGGGCAACUCAACGCCGUCGAACCGCCCGAUGUUUACUCCAUCAUUUUAGACGGGGAGAGAGGUAAACGACCUCACAUAAUGUCCAGAGAGGAGAUUCUUCGAGAUGCGAUUGUGGAAGUAUCGCCGAAAAACGUCGGCGAGUUGCUAGUUGGUACGCGAAUCUGCGCUUAUUGGAGUCAACAAUACAGAUGUCUUUAUCCUGGAAGUAUUGCCGAACCGAAUUCACCCGAUUCAGAAGUAGACGAUAAAUUCGUGCUGGUGGAAUUCGAUGAUGGCGACAGCGGCAGGAUAGAUCUUAAGGAUAUUCGAUUGUUACCUUCGGAUUAUCCAGUUAUCGAAUACGACUUGAAUCCGCUGCAGAGUCUAAUGAAACGGAAAAAGAAACCGUCGAAACCCAAGGAAUCUUCAGAGUGUAUUGAAGAUGUACACAUGCCCGAACCUGAACCUCAACCCGAACCUGAACUCGAACCCGAACAACCAACUGAAAUUAACAUUCCGGCGGAAAAGAUGGAAACCGACAAUUCGAAUGAAAGUGACCAACCCAAGCACUUUAAGAAGAAACUUCUGAAACGAAUAAAACGCGAAAAGAUGAUCAAAGAGGAGAAACGGAAAAAGAAGAAGCACAAAUGUUACGAUAAAAAGGGCAAAGAUCACAAGCAUCACAAGAAGCAUAGAAAACACAAAAAACACCACAAUAAAAGCCGGAUCGGCAAUGGAGUUGCUGCAAAUCAUGCGACUAUUACCGAUGACGCUCCUGUUACUCAGAAAACGGAUACCAGUGAUGAAAAAGUAUUAUUAACAGGAAAUGCAGAUCUCGCUAAAGAAAAUGUUAAAGACGAAAGCAUUAAUACCAGUAUUGUAGAAAUACCCGAUGAUUUAGUUAUAGCAAGCAACGAUGUUCCCAGUAAGAAGAAAACCAGUUUGAGAGAUCGACAAGAAUCGUGCGAAAGUCGCAGCAAAAUGAGCGCCUUUUUACCGGCACGCCAGCUUUGGGGAUGGGCCGGUAAGGAAUACAAGCGUCAAAGAGUUAGAGGAAGAUACAAGAAGUUCUUCUAUCGGUCAAUUCAACGGGGCAAGGAAAUUAUAACGAUUGGUGAUGCUGCAGUGUUUUUAUCAACGGGACGACCGGAUCGACCGUACAUUGGUAAAAUCGAGGCCAUGUGGGAGUUGUGCGGUACAAUGAUUGUUAAGGUGAAAUGGUUUUACCAUCCCGAGGAAACCGUAGGGUGCCCUCAAAAUCUCCAAUAUCCCGGUGCUUUAUUCGAAUCUCCUCACCUUGACGAAAACGACGUGCAGACGAUAUCGCACAAGUGCGACGUCGUCCCUUACGAUGAAUACAGAAGGCGGCUCGGCGACAAUCCCGAUAAUUACGCCACGAUCUACGAUAAUAACGACAUCUACUACUUGGCAGGCUAUUACGAUCCAACCACUUGCAUUAUGAAAAUGGAACCAGGUAUACCGUUUACAAAAACGAAUUGA